ACAAAGCCACCACUAGCACCAAAACCAAAGAUUACCGGUCAUCUUUCUCCAGUAGCUGUCUCCAAAUUUUCUCCUUCACUACCAAGGGCUGAUAUUCUUCAUAGCCCGAACUCUAUGUCUAGAGGUCCCAAACCACCUAUUGCUCCCAAGCCAAAAUUCUCAGCUGACACUGAGGGCAAAUCCAGUGUUUAUGCCAACAAUAACUUAAAUAUAUGCUCAAAUGGGAAACUGGUAUGUCUUGAUGGAGAGCUGUAUGAAGGAAACCAAUGCAAUGCUGAUUGCCCAGUAUCUGAGGCAGAUAAUGAAUACAUUGUAGUUCCUGAAGCUCAGCUGACCAGCAAAGACUGUAAUGACUUGGAACAUGAGCAUGAUCAGAACCUAGAUUCCUCUGUGGAAAAUGAAGUCUCGGAAACUCCAGAAGAGGUAGAGAAGGAAGAGGAUAACAUUGCUAAUGAUGAGGAUACCAGUAAUGAAGAUGAGCACCAUAAGUCUUCAGAUAUUGCUGAACCAAUGCAACCAGUGUCGGAAGAGUCAACCAGAGACUGUGACCAGUCCGAAGCACUUUGUGAGGAGUCCUCAGAUACCCCUGAUGGGGAUAAUGAUGCUUCCAAGAAUGUAGAUGAAGAUGAGGAUAUUGUAGGUGAUUGUAGUGAAACCAAAAACAAGGAGGAAACUUCUAACAACCUGGAACUGGUUAAGGACCAUAGUGAUUGUAAGACUGACACUGAUAACAUUUUGAAUAGAGAUGAGGAACUAAUGGGUGAUGUCUGUAAAGAUACCAUUGUAAUGCCACUACCCGCAGAUGAAUCAAUCCCAGGUUGUGAGAAGGCAGGGCAGGAGGAGGAGGAACUGCCUGAGAUUUUAGAAAAGGGAGAUGGGUGUCUAGCACAUGAUGGUGAUCACAGUGUGCAUGCAGAGCUUGAUUUGAACAUGGAAGGGGAGUUAGAAAAUGAUGACUGUGCAAGCCCUGACAUGCUGCCCAAGGAGGCCAGCGAAGAAGCAGCUCCUGGCUUAGAACUGUGUGAAGAUGAACCCAGUGCUGAAAAUGGUUUAGGAGAGUGCAUCCAUCAAGCAGCAGCUGAAGAGGAGGAAGCAGAACCAGAUGAGCGCAGUAAUACAAACACAGGAAAUGCCAGUGAUGGCUGCCAGAUCACUGAGAGGACAGAUGAGGAGAAGACAUCAGAGGUAGGCUGUGAAGCAAGCAAAGACUCUGGGAAAGGGGAAGAAGAAACUGUGAAUGCAGAGAAUAUGGAUGAUGGCUGUCAAAUUGCUCUUUGUGAGAAUGAAUGUGGUGAGGAAAUACCCAUGGAAGAUUCAGAUGAGAAUCUUCAAACAGAAGGGACCUCUCUGGAUGAAGAUGGUGUGAUCUCUGAUAGUCUACCUAGUAGUCCAGAGAUGGAGCCAGAGUUGGAAGAUGUGACUGUUGAAGAGCAUAGUGAAAGUAUUGUGGAAACCUCUAAGUCAGAUGAGCUGCAACUUGAAGACAAUGAGGUGGAAGCAAACAGCCUCAGUGUCCCAAGUCCACCUCAACAGCUUCCACUUGAGGAAGAGUUAGAAGUCCAUAAGCAUGCUAAAAUGAAUGCAGAAUGUGAGACCAGACAUGUCUUGCAUGAAAAUCGAGCAGUCCCUGAAGUGGUCAUUGUGCCUGAAGAAUCAGAGGAAAGAGAAACUAGCGGUGAUUCCCUAGAUGACCCUUAUGUGCUUCCCGCAGAAAAUGAAAUUGCUUAUGAUGGGCAGACUGAUUUGGGAGCUGAUCACAGUAAAAGGGAUGAAUUAGGCACGGAUGGUGAAAACAACUUGCUGCCCAUUGAUCGUAAAAGCAUUGUCACUAGAACACGGUCGCUUUCUGGGAAGAUGCCAGGCUAUGUCCCAGAAACAGUUCCAGAAGAAACUGGACCUGAAACUGAUUUACCAUCUUCUCGCAAUGGCUCUGGGACAGAAGAUUUAAGCAAUAAUUUAUUUUCAGCGGAAGGAAAACCAAUAGAAGCCAACAGGGCAUUACCAACCAAGUCAAGACGUUUCAUUUUAUAUCCUCGAUCUUAUUCUGUUGAAGGGAGAGAGAUACCUGUCUCUGUUUACAGAGAAAGUGACGGCUGCAUACUGGAUGAUGGUAGAAUAAAAAGGACAGAAGACAACUUGUCUUUGCCUUGUGUCAAUGGUUCAUCAGGUGGUUUUUCCCAGAGAAAUCAUCUUUCAUCAUGUGGCGUAUCUACUCCAUCCUCAGUUGUUGAUAUACCACCUCCUUUUGAACUUGCCUACAUCACCAAAAAGCCAAUCACUAAAAGUUCCCCUUCACUUUUGAUAGAGAAUGACUCACCUGAUAAGUAUUCCAAGAAAAAGAAAUCUUCGUUUAAGAGGUUCCUCACUCUAAAAUUCAAGAAGAAAACUGAAAGUAAAGUCCAUGUAGAUGUCAAUGUUUCCUCUUCAAGGUCCUCAUCAGAGUCUAGCUAUCAUGGGCCUCCAAGGCUGAUGGAGCUGGACAGGAGGAGCCUAAGUAGCUCACCUCAACUAAAAUCACAUGUGGGGAAGUUCCGUGCAUCUGAGUCUCCCUCAGCUGUUCUUUUCUAUAAGGAUGGUAAAAGAAAAGGAACGCCUAAGUCCUUCAACUAUGAAAACAUACAAAUUCCUCCUCGAAGAUCCACCAGAGCAGGAACUUUUACUGAAUUUUUUGAAGAUCCCAGCAGGGCCUUAUCUGCUGCUAAUGAGAAUGAUGGCUAUGUGGAUAUGAGCAGCUUCACUGGCUUUGAGAACAAGCAGCAAACCACAGACCAGGAAACAGAAAGUGCCUACACUGAGCCCUACAAGGUGUGCCCAGUCUCUGUGAUACCGACGGAGGUCGUGACAUCAGAUGAGGAACAGAAGAGUUCAGAAGAUGACGAGAGCAGUCCGGGCGAUCCCAGCCUCAUCAACAAGAAAGAAGGCCAGUCCAGAGCUUACCUCAUUGCCCAGGAGCUGAUGUCUUCAGAAAAAGUAUACGUGGAGAUGCUCCAGCUGUUAUGUAUGAAUUUCUAUGAAGGUAUCUUGAAAGUGCUUGGAGAAAAAGAUGAAAAUGAACAGGAAGAAGUUAAACUCAAGCAGGGCUUAAGUGAACUCCCUGAAAUUUAUGAAUUACACCAAGACAUCCUGGGAGAACUGGAAGAAAGAGUCCUUAAAUGGGAGGAACACCAGAAAGUUGCUGAUGUUUUUCUCUCCAGAAAAUCAAAGCUGAAUCACCACACAGCAUACAUUAUGCAGUUUGAUAGGAAUUUGGCUUUGCUAGAUGAAACCUGCCUUAAGUAUUCCCAACUGGCUACCAUAAUUCAGGAGUUUGAGCAGAGCUCUGGUGGCAGCCCUCAGAGUGUGAAACACCAGCUUUUGAAAGUAGUGCAGCGUGUCUUCCAGUAUCGUGUGCUGCUCACAGAUUACUUGAAUAAUCUUUGCCCUGAUUCUACAGAGUAUGAAGCCACACAAGCUGCCUUAUUCAUUGUUUCUGAAAUCACAGACCGAGCCAACGACAGCAUGCUCCAAGCGGAAAACUUGCAGAAGCUGGUACACAUUGAGCACAGUGUGAGAGGGCAGAGUGGCCUCCUCCAGCCAGGAAGGAUCUUUGUUAAAGAGGGAACGCUGAUGAAAGUCUCUGGCAAAAACAGGCACCCUCGGCAUUUGUUCUUGAUGAAUGAUGUUCUGCUGUACACAUAUCCCCAGAAGGAUGGCAAAUACCGACUGAAAAACACCUUGGCUGUGUCAGGCAUGAAGGUCAGCCGCCCAGUGACAGAAAAAGCCCAAAACAUCCUGAAGAUUGAAUAUGAUGAAUAUUGCCUGACCCUGUCAGCAAGCUCUUGCUCAGAAAGGGAUGACUGGUACAGCUGCAUCAGCAGACACAUCCCAGAUGACUACAAAGCUCACAACACUUCCACUUUCCACAGCAGCGUGGAGCUAAGGGAAAGGCUUGGAAUACCCUUGGGUGAGAGGCCUCCUACUUUGGUACCUGUGUCCCAUGUCAUGAUGUGCAUGAACUGUGGCUGUGACUUUACCCUCACUUUGAGGCGACAUCAUUGCCAUGCCUGUGGGAAGAUUGUAUGCCGAAAUUGUUCAAGAAACAAGUACCCUAUGAAGUACCUCAAAGAUCAAGCAGCCAAAGUCUGUGAUAGCUGCUAUGUGGAACUUAAGAAAAGAGAGCGGCCACUAAGUGUGAGCUUCCCUCCAACUUCAUCCAGGUGUUCAAGCAGUGCCUUCUCCUCUGUCUUCCACAACAUUCAUUAUUCAUCUUUUAAGAAACAGAAGAAGAUCCCUUCAGCUCUUAUGGAGGUGGCAGCCUCAGGAGAGGGAGCUACCAUCAGUGGUUACCUCAGCAGAUGUAAGAGAGGCAAAAGACACUGGAAGAAACGCUGGUUUGUUAUCAAAGGGAAAGUCCUCUACACCUACAUAGCAAACGAGGACAAAGUUGCCACAGAAAGUUUGCCUUUGUUGGGUUUCACCAUUGCCCCAGAAAAGGAGGAAGGAAGUACGGACACAGUUUUCCAUCUCUACCACAAGCAGACUCUCUUUUAUAGCUUCCGAGCAGAGGAUAACAAUUCAGCACAGAGGUGGAUUGAAGCCAUGGAAGAAGCAUCCAUAUUAUAG